AUGGCCAAACUAUUUGCUCAUUCUACCUCUAUUGGCUUCAAAUGGGUACAGGGCAAACUCAUUAGUAAGAGUACUUAUGGACAGGUUUACCUGGCUCUGAAUGUGACAACUAGUAAAAUGAUGACUGUGAAACAAGUUGAGAUCCCUCAAUACAAUGUUGAUCAUAAUAAUAAGAGACAAGUCAGUAUAGUUGAAGUACUUAAAUUGGAAAUCAACACAUUGAAGGAUCUGGAUCAUUCUAAUAUUAUACAGUGUCUGGGUUUUGAGCAGACACCUAAUGUGUUAAGCAUCUUUCUUAAAUACAUUCCUGGUAGUUCCAUCUCAGGGCUCUUACAGAAAUAUGGCAAGUUUGGUGAUCAAAUUUCUUGGUCAUUCUCUAGACAGAUUGUUGCUAGUUUAGAGUAUCUUCACAAUAAUGGUGUUAUUCAUAGGGACCUGAAAGCAAACAAUGUUCUUGUUGAUUCUAUUAGGAUCUGUAAAAUCUCUGACUUUAGCAUAUCCAAGUGGACAGAUGACAUUAACAAGAAUGGCCUUUAUACACUAAUGUAA